AUGCGGCGGCUGCAGAGACUAGGGGUGGAGGCUAACGAAGACGACGAGGGCAUGGGGGACGCGCUGGAGGCCCUCAAGGAGGCGCAGAUGAACCCGUUCGAGGGGCUGCCGACUAAAGUGCGAGCAGGGUACGAGAAUUUGCUAGGAAAACUCUUGAACCGCGAAGACGGUGAGAGUCUGGAAGAUGCAGUGGAGACGAACUACGACCAGGUCGACAUCCAGUUCCUCACACUCCUUAACCAGAAGGCACAAGAGGCCGAAGGCACGGACGCGGCCGCUGCUCUCACGCGCCUGGGGGACAGCAUCAACAACACCAUGCAGCGCAGGAUGGCGCAAGCGUCCGAGCGGUUGCAGAAAAUCCUCACGGUGGGAAAUCCCGAAAGAAUGGAAGAGACGAUCAAGGCCAUGGCGGAGAGGGGAGAAGUGGACGAUGCUCUCGUGCUUCUGCUGCAGGCUAACCUGCAGCAGGCGGAGGAGGCGGACGCUGGGCCCGCGGUGGGCGUGCUUAAGAGGCUCGGGGCAGCUGCGCAAGCAGCGUUGGAUGAGAAGGUCGACCCAGAGAAGCGGCUGGUACGACAACUGCUGCGGGCAAAAGACCGUGAGGCCAGGCUGAACAUCUUGACGAAGGCGUUCCGACAGCGAGCCAAAGUGGUGCUAGCCGACGGCAGCGAAACCUCCGAGGCUCCCGACGUGGCCCCUCCCAAGUUCAUCGAGACCGUCAAGGGCAUCAUCCGGAACUUCGGGAACGUGGGAGAAUCCGAGCUAGGAUUCGCGCAGCAGCUUGACGACAUGAUCUCAGAGGCCGAGCAGGUGGCUACCGAACUCUACGGCGAGUCGCAGAGCCCGCAAGACAUGCAGGACCGUGCGUGGAAGGACGCCACGGUGUCCGUGUUCGACCUCGAGAACAUGGAGGAAGACGGCAAGCUGCGCGGGGAAGAUAUGCCCUGGGCAAACGACAAGUACGACGGGAUGACGCCGGAGAUGGUGAAGAACUUCAAGCAAGACGAGGACGGCAACCUGCAGAUCGGAGGCACUUAAACCAAAUAGCGCACUACCAGCCGUGGAGACCCACCCUGAGGUUGACGGAAGAUAACACCCCCCCUGCGUUUCUCGGCCCUCGGACGAGCUUGGAUACCGUGGAAGUAGAUGAUGCGGUCACGAUGCUGAACAUGGGUGGCUAGGGCCAGUCUCGUGGAGGCCUGUCCAACGCUUUAAGCUCGCCCGCCUGCCUC